AUGGAAGAGAAGAGAAGAACUAAAGCUAGACGUGAAGAUUAUUGUCCGUUGGAAACAAAAGAGCGGUCUAAGAAAGUGAUUGUAUUCGGUAAGAAGUCAAAAAAUAAAAAGAAAGGACAGCAUAUUGAGAAAGAAGCGCUCAUUAUAUCUCCAUUUACUGGAGAACAUGCAAUUUUCGCAGUACCACUUACUUUGGCUGUUUUACGAAUGGGUUCUCACGAUGGAAUUCCACUACCAGUUGUUGUUAGGCAAUGCAUCGAUUGCAUUAAUGAGAAAGGAUUAUGUGUCGAAGGGAUUCAUCGGAUUUCCGCGCCAAAAGCAAAUUUGGAUAAACUUGAAGAAGCAGUAAAUUCGAGACACUCCAUUCAGCUGGAAGAUAUUCACGAUGCCUCGGGAUUACUGAAAAGAUUUUUGCACCAGCUUCCGGAACAUAUCCUAACUAAUGAAAAACGACCAAUAUUUGAAAAGAUUGCUUCAAAUUGUCCAUGUGGAACGUUGUCACCAUGUCGUUGUUUGGUAGCAGAUAUGUUGAAAGCGCAACUGAUUUCGCUACCAGAAGAAAAUUAUAUGUUAUUAGCAUACAUAUUCAUACAUUCUCAAAUGAUAUUGCAGAAUAGUGAUAAAAAUAAAAUGGGUAUGGUUGCACUUGGGUUGAUUCUACAGGCCACGCUCAAUGUAUCACAAGCUCUUGUUCGAAUAUUCUUGCUCAACGCUUCCAAUGUCAUCCUAAUGAAAUAUCAUUCUUCUUCUAUGGUGUAUCUAUUCGAAGAUAUUCAAAUCAAACGGUAUGUGGCACCAAAAUCACCAAGGAUUAUUUGCGAAGGAAAUUUAUCGGACUCCGAGGAAGAGCUCCGUGACGAGGAACGGAAGCAGCGAAGUCGUUUGCAACAGCUUCAUUUGCAAGUAGAAGAGCUUCGAGAAUUAAAUUUACCAACGAAACAAGCAGAAGAGGAGUUAUGGGAUGUACAGACUGCAAUCACGAUGCUCUGCAGAAAACUCAAAAGUAUACGUAUGAGAAAUUCGGGAAAAAUCGAAACACGAAAAAAUGGUGGUCCGACGCCAACACUGGAAAUGUUCGUGGAGAAGCAGUUACUAGCCGCUUCUACUGCUCUGCGUGAAGACAUUGCUCGUCAUAAAUUACAAAUAAUUGCUUUGGACAAAUGUUUAAAUACUAUGAAUGAAAACAAAAGCACCGAAACUUUAAAAAAUAGCGACGACAAAUACGGGGAAGAAUACUGGCACGAUAAAUGCCUAAAAGAAGAGAAGGAAAGAGAUAAUUUAUUGUCCCAAAUAGUUUCACUUCGAAAUGAUUGCUGCCAACUACGGGCACAGAUUGAAUUAAAUGCUGUCAAAAGGCUCACAUUAUUAGUUACAAGAUUUUAG